GUUGCUGGUUUGGGGGAAGUAGCUGCUGGGUCCGCAUGGAAGGGGAACUUUUAUACACACUUAGUAGACAGAGAAAGUCCUUAAUGCUGUGUUUAAGUAAUGCACAUUCACUUUAGGUAAAGGCUUAGUUGCAGUGCAUAUUUGCGGCUGAAUAAGCAUUCGGUAAACAGACUCCAAAUCAACCGUGCGUAAACAUUUGGCAACCGUUUUUUUGGGGGGAUAAUGUGGCAGAGCUGUGUGUUGGUGCUUGUGGGCGCGGUGGUCGUGAGCGCACAGUUCCCAAGAGAGUGUGUGACACCCGACGGGCUCAGGAGUGGACAGUGCUGCCCGUCACCCCCUGGACUCAACAACGACCCGUGUGGCGCCAGCACGGGGCGUGGACAGUGUGUUGCCGUCACGGUGGACGCGCGCCCGCACGGCCCACAGUACCCGCACGACGGACGGGAUGACCGGGAACGAUGGCCCAUCCGUUACUUUAACCGUACCUGUCAGUGUAACGGGAACUUCAGCGGUUACAACUGCGGCCGCUGCAGACACGGGUGGACGGGGCCCAACUGUGACCAGCGAGUUUCUGUUGUAAGAAGAAACGUGAUGCAGCUCAGCGCGGACGAGAAGCGUACGUUCGUGAACGCGCUGGACCGGGCCAAGCGCACGGUGCACCCAGACCUGGUGAUCGCCACGCGGCGCUAUCAGGAGAUCUUCGGGCCCGACGGGAACACGGCGCAGUUCGAAAACAUCACCGUCUACAAUUACUUCGUGUGGAGCCACUACUUCUCCGUCAGCAAGACGUUCCUGGGUGCGGGCCAGGCCAGUUUUGGGGGAGUGGACUUCUCCCACGAGGGCCCCGGCUUUGUCACAUGGCACAGGUUCCACCUGCUGCAGCUGGAGCGAGACAUGCAGGACAUGCUGCAAGACCCCUCCUUCGCCCUGCCCUACUGGAACUUUGCCAUCGGUGGAAGCACAUGUGACAUCUGCACAGAUGACCUGAUGGGAGCCAGGAGCAGCUUUGACAUGAAUUCCCUGAGCACCAACUCCAUCUUCUCCCAGUGGAGGGUCGUAUGUGAGAGCGUAGAAGACUAUGACACGCUGGGAACCAUCUGCAACAGCACCGAGACUUCUCCCAUCCGAAGGAACCCAGCAGGAAAUGUUAAUAGGCCGAUGGUCCAGCGUCUCCCAGAGCCCCAGGAUGUGGCGGACUGCUUGCAGGUCAACGCUUUUGACACGCCGCCCUAUUACUCCACCUCCUCCGAAAGCUUCAGGAACACAAUUGAAGGCUACAGCGCCCCCAAGGGGAACUAUGACCCCGUGGUGAGGAGCCUCCACAACCUGGCCCAUCUGUUCCUGAACGGGACAGGAGGACAGACUCACCUCUCGCCCAAUGACCCCAUCUUCGUCCUGCUCCACACGUACACCGACGCUAUAUUUGAUGAAUGGUUAAGGAGACGCAGUCCAGAUUCGACUCUGUAUCCUGAAGAAAAUGCCCCCAUUGGUCACAACCGGGGCUACAACAUGGUGCCUUUCUGGCCUCCAGUGACUAACGCGGAGAUGUUUGUGACCGCCCCUGAAAAUCUUGGUUACUCUUAUGAAGCUCAAUGGCCAGCUCAACCUUUCACUCUGACUGAAAUCAUCACCAUGGCAAUAGUCGCUGGCCUCGUGCUCGUCGCAGUCAUUUUCGCCGCCACCACGUGUGCCGUGCGUGCCAGGUCAUACAAGAUGGAGGGCCACCAGCCUCUGCUUGGGGAUCAGUACCAGCGCUACGACGACAACAAAAGCCAAUCCGUAGUCUAAAAUCGCGGUUCCAACACGAGCCUCUCUUCUUUCUUUACUUUUACAGUGCCACAGCUAUGCAGUUUGUGAAAGCGUCAGUCACUUCUCACUGGAGCGCAUGUGUAGAUUCUCGAAUGCUACAACUUGAUAGUAAGUAAUCUAUUGGCUGCAUUCACGUCCCUACAACUAGGAACGUGUUCACUUUUCUUUUACAAGUUGUACAGAUCUGAAUCAGUUAUUGAAGAUGCAUUUUUCAAAUGAAAAAGUUGAGAAAUAUGUAACACUUUUUAAGAGUAUGGUUUUAGCGAAGAUUGCAAUGAUGCAAUCUUUGAUAUGUUCAGAUCUCUGGAAAAUUUUAUAAUGUGUUCAAAUAAAGAGAACCUGGACAGCUGA